GGAGGGGCAUCACCAAUAUUCCACACGGAUUCCUUGUGCUUCAGCUUCACAAAACCCUAAACCCUAAAACUUUCUCCUUCUCAAACUCUUUCGUCUACAACAUUAUCUCUUCCCUCUUUCUGAACAUUCCAGAAACCCUGGCACAUUCUCUUUUCGAGCUCUCGAAGUUACCUUUGUUACUCCACAGCCAUGUAUAGGUUUAUCUCUGGCCUCGCCUCCAAAGCCAGGUUGGCUAAGAACAGUACCCAGCAGAUUGGUGGUAGGUUGACUUGGAGCAGAAAUUAUGCGGCCAAAGACAUUAAAUUUGGCGUUGAAGCUCGCGCUUUGAUGCUUAAAGGUGUUGAGGAUCUUGCUGAUGCUGUUAAAGUGACUAUGGGACCUAAAGGGCGCAAUGUUGUUUUGGAACAAAGUUGGGGAGCCCCUAAAGUGACAAAAGAUGGUGUCACUGUAGCAAAGAGCAUUGAAUUCCAAGACAGAGUCAAGAACAUAGGGGCUAGCCUUGUAAAGCAGGUUGCAAAUGCUACAAAUGAUGUGGCAGGCGAUGGUACCACAUGUGCAACAGUCCUCACCCGUGCCAUAUUUGUUGAAGGAUGCAAAUCUGUGGCAGCUGGAAUGAAUGCCAUGGACCUAAGACGUGGGAUUUCAAUGGCAGUUGAUGCGGUUAUGACAAACUUGAAGAGCAGAGCAAGGAUGAUUAGCACAUCUGAAGAAAUAGCACAGGUUGGAACAAUAUCAGCAAAUGGAGAAAGAGAGAUCGGUGAGCUGAUAGCCAAGGCAAUGGAGAAAGUUGGCAAAGAGGGUGUCAUUACCAUCUCUGAUGGGAAAACAUUGUACAAUGAGUUAGAGGUCGUUGAAGGAAUGAAGCUGGACAGAGGCUACAUAUCUCCUUAUUUUAUCACCAAUACAAAAAACCAAAAAUGUGAACUAGAAGAUCCUCUCAUUUUAAUUCAUGAGAAGAAGAUCUCAAAUUUAAAUGCUAUAGUCAAGGUUUUGGAAUUGUCCUUGAAGAGGCAAAGGCCUUUGCUGAUUGUUGCUGAAGACGUGGAAAGUGAAGCACUAGCAACUCUCAUUCUGAACAAGCUUCGUGCUGGAAUCAAGGUCUGUGCCAUAAAAGCACCAGGAUUUGGAGAAAAUAGGAAGGCCAGCAUGCAAGACCUUGCCAUUCUCACAGGGGGCGAGGUUAUAACUGAAGAGCUUGGUAUGGACCUUGAGAAGGCUGGAGUAGAAGUGCUGGGUUCAUGCAAAAAGGUUACAGUAUCAAAGGAUGACACAAUUGUUCUUGAUGGGUUUGGUGACAAAAAAGCCAUUGAAGAAAGAUGUGAACAGUUGAGAUCUGCAAUCGAAUUGAGCACUUCUGAUUAUGAUAAGGAAAAGUUGCAAGAGCGACUUGCUAAGCUUUCUGGUGGUGUUGCAGUUUUGAAGAUCGGUGGGGCUAGUGAAGCUGAAGUUGGUGAGAAGAAGGACAGAGUUAAUGAUGCUCUGAAUGCUACCAAGGCUGCUGUGGAGGAAGGCAUUGUACCUGGUGGUGGUGUUGCACUUCUGUAUGCUUCUAAAGAGCUGGACAAGUUGCAAACUGCGAACUUUGACCAGAAGAUUGGUGUCCAGAUUAUUCAGAAUGCUCUCAAGAUGCCUGUACACACCAUUGCUUCCAAUGCAGGAGUAGAGGGGGCAGUUGUUGUUGGCAAGCUUUUGGAGCAGGACAAUCCUGACCUUGGAUAUGAUGCAGCCAAAGGUGAAUAUGUUGAUAUGGUGAAGUCAGGAAUCAUUGAUCCAUUGAAAGUCAUUAGAACAGCCUUGGUAGAUGCUGCAAGUGUCUCCUCUUUGAUGACUACAACUGAGGCCAUUGUAGCUGAACUUCCCAAGGAUGAGAAGGAUGCCCUAGCCAGCAAUGGCAUGGGCAACAUGGGUUAUUGAAACUCUUUGGACCGUGACAGCGAUGCUGUGAUUUGAACUUUGACAGAAAAUCAAUUUUUUAGUGAACCACAAGGUUGAGUUACAACAAAUAUACAAUUUAUACAUGAGCUGAGCUCCUUUUUCUCUCAAAUCUAAUACCCUGUUGAAUGCUUAUAAA